AUGCCCCCUUUCACCUUCCCGGCUUUAUCAGCGGGGCCGCCUUCACGCCGUAAUUGGUAUAAAGAACUACUGGACGAUCCAGCGUGCCGUGGUAACGCAUCACGAGUUCAAGAAGCCUACAAAACCCACCGGGACUCUUGGAGGGCGAAACAGAUCGAGUUGUUCAAUGUUGCAGUGGCAAACCCAGUCACACCGGAUCAGGCCCUCAUCAAGCAUCUGGCUUAUCAAAAGAGGCUUCAAGAUGAUCACGAUCUCAACGAGGGGACAAAUACAGACGUUCAGGAAGUCAACUGUUGCGUCAUUUGGGCAAGGCCUCCUCCAGCUAUCCUGGAUACGAUACAAACCAUCCAAAAGAGUCUAGCCAGACUUGUUGGCAACGAUCUGUAUACAAUACCGCGCAAAGACCUACAUCUUUCCAUGAUCGAACUGUCACAUCGUCACUCCGUACAACAACUAUGCUCUGUAGCUGAAGAGAUUGGAACAUCACGUAUCCAGGAAAUUCUCAAUCUGGUCUCAACCUUUGACAAGCCUGAACUGGUCACACCGCAGAUCAGCUUCGACAAAAUGGGCAUUGCACUGAAUUUCCUACCGUCUGACAAAAAGAAAAUCACGUAUCAUCAUUUGAGGAGCGAUAUGCACGCUAUGGCACUGGACAGUGGGAUUGGCGGCAUUGAUAUGUGCUACACUGCACCAUCAGCACAUGUUACUAUUGGAAGGUUCAUCGGCAACGAUUUCUUCGAAAAGUCUGAAGCGAGAAAAAAGUUCGUCCAGCUCAUGAAAGACCUGAACACGGAACAAGUAGGAGAAGACGCGUCAUGGGUUGUUGGUGAAACACAAGGACUCGAGUUGCAGUUAGGAUACCUGAAGUUCGGAAGAGAACGUGAGAAGGCAGACAUGGUCGGUACCGUAUGA